AUGACAGAUCAUCCUAUUAGGAUUCAUGGGCUUAAUCUUUCGCCUCCUUGCAGAAUAGUAAUGAUAUUUUGCAAGCUCCACAAUAUCCCUUAUGAGCUUGUCGUUGUUGACCUAACAAAAGGAGAGCAUAAGUCUCCAGAAUUUUUAGCUAUAAAUCCUUAUGGUCAAGUUCCAGCAAUAACUCAUGGUAGCUUCAGUCUAGGAGAAUGCGGCGCAAUUAUUUAUUAUUUAGCUGAAGCUUUUCAUACUGACUCUCAAUGGUUUCCUUCAAAUCCUCAGCUUCGAGCAAUUAUUAAUUCUUCACUCCACUGGCAUCAUACAAAUACUAUGAAAGCUCUAACACCUUAUCUUUUCGAGAAAAUAGUAGGGCCAAGAUUCUUUGGAAGACCUCAAAUAACAGUUGAAAAGGAGGCUGAAGUUACUGCAAAUUUAGAUGCCUUCUUAAGAAGGAUCGAUACAAUCUUUGAAAGUGGAGUGUAUAUCGCAAGAACAAGCAGCCCGACAAUUGCUGAUAUCUUGCUAUUUAGCUAUUUGUCUCAGCUAGAAAUGGAAAAUUUCGAUUUCGGUCCUUACAAAUCUGUCAGAAAAUGGUAUGGAGAAAUUGAUAGCAUUCCUGCUGUCAGAGAAGUGCAUGAGCCUUUGAGGCAAUUUAUUCAAAAUGUGAGUUAA